AUGGCGGCAGUGCCUCAGGCAGUUAACGUCUACAGCACAAGUCAAAUGACAGACAACUUGAGCAGAAAUGAAAUACUUCAGUGGGUUAACCAUUGUCUGGAUAGCAAUUAUGGAAAGAUUGAGGAAUUAUGUACAGGUGCAGCAUAUUGCCAACUAGUAGAUAUGUUAUUUCCAGGGACACUGGUCUUCAAGAAAGUGAAAUUCAACACCAAACUUGAACACGAGAGCAUCAAUAACUUCAAAGUUUUACAGUCUCUGUUUAGGAAACACGGCGUAGAUAAAGAAGUUCCAAUCGAAAAACUAGUCAAGGGAAAGUUCCAGGACAACUUUGAGUUUGUCCAGUGGUUCAAACGCUUCUUCGACGCCAACUAUGAUGGCCACCCGUAUGAUGCCUCCGCAGCAAGAGGAGGAGAGAAAAUAGUCGGUAGCGGCAGACCAACUCAGUCUAGUAUUGUCCCACCGCGGCCAAAUCCAACAGCGAGUAGCAGACCUACAGGUCAAAAACAGGUAUCUACAACUGUACGAAGUAGACAAUCCGCUGUGUCAGGACUUUCCAACGAUGCUGGAGGAGAUACCGCAGAUCUUACUGGCUUAAAAGAACAAUUUGAUUUACUGACUGUCGAAUCUGAACAACACAAAGCAGCCAUUGCAGGACUUGUUCGUGAGCGAGAUUUCUACUUCGACAAGUUGCGCAGGAUUGAAAUAAUUUGUCAAAACAAUGGAACUGUCGAGUUGACUAAGGAUAUCUUGGAAAUUCUCUAUGCGACAGAAGAUGGCUUUACUACUCCCGGAAACGAAGAGCCGGAAGAAUUUUGA